GAACAGAAGUCUCCAUUCCCCACACCUCUUUCUCUUCCUUUCUGUUACCACCAACCUAUUCUAGUAUUUUCUAUCACCAACCUUGUUAAAACAUUAAACCCAAAGUUCAUAAGCUUUUCUUGCAUAAUUUGAAGCCUCUCAUCCCCAAGAUCUUGCAGAGCUAUGAUGGCUGUUUUUGUACUCUCUUUAGUGGUUCUCUUUGCCUUGGCUGCCCAUUCAAGUGCAAUGUACUGUAUAUGCAAAGAUGGGAGCAGUGUGGCUCAGCUUCAGAAGAACAUAGAUUAUGCUUGUGGAAGUGGGGCUGAUUGUAGUGCAAUCCUUCAAAAUGGGGCAUGUUUCAAUCCCAACACUGUGAAAGACCAUUGCAACUAUGCUGUGAACAGCUAUUAUCAAAGGCAGAGCCAAUCUGGAGCAGAUUGUGAUUUUUCUGGCACUGCAACCCUCAGUGGAAACCCACCUGGCUCAGGUUCUGGAUCAUGUAUUUAUCAAUCUACUCCUGGCAACACCGGUGGAAGCACAGGGACUGGAAACGGCACACCAACUAAUCAAGGGAUCAUCAACAACACGCCUUUCGGGCUUGGACCGACGACAGGGGUUGGAAUUAACCCGGAUGGUAGCGCCGCAGCAGUGACUCAUCAUCAUAAAGAUGUGGUCCUUUUCGCCCUAACACUUGUGUUGUCAAUCUUGGUAUGCCUAAGAGUUUGAACAAGACAGGUCAAAUGGUUGCAAGGGGAAGGAAAGAUUAAGUGUGUAGGGGUUUGAGAAAUGGUUGAAAUUUUGCCAGAAAGGCUUGAUUUUUACUGCAUUGUGAAAAUCACCUGCACCCAAGUCCCACUUGGACUUGUGUCUAUUUUCUUGUUCUUUUCUUGGAAAAAAAAAAAAAAAAAAAACUAGAAGAAUUGGAUUCCCUUUCCAAGUGGAAGUUGUUGUGGUGGUAGUGUUAGAUAGAUGUAUGAGUAGAAGGUGGUCUGAUCUCUUCUUUUUGGAUUUUUUCCCCAUGUACAUCUAGAGAGUAGAGAAAAGGCUGUUGUAUUCUGUAUUUCUUUAUUUAGUUCUCACCUCAUCUGCCUAUUUUAUUAUAUUCUAUUCUUCUUUCCAAUGUUUUUCUCA